CAAAGUGCAAUGGCGAUAUUUGACAAUAACAGUCGACGCUUUGUGGAAUCACAGCUCUAUUAUGUGGCUAAUGCUGAAGAAAAUACAUCACAUUUGCUGCAAAACCAGAGUUAAUAUCUGCACCCUGCGAGAGCGUCACUUCGGGUGGGAAAGUGGUCGUCCAGCCUGUGCAUAUGAUGACAGUUUAGACUAAACGCAGACAGGAUGGCCACACAAGAACCGUCCCCUCCCUCAUCCAUGGAGAGCAAUAAACCUGGAUUUCCCAAAAAAAUUCUGGGCAACAAACUGGAGGACAAGCAUCUGUGCAACUGCUGCCACAACAUCCUCAGACGACCUGUUCAGGCCCAGUGUGGACACCGCUUCUGUUCCUAUUGCUUCAACAGGACAGUCAGCAAUGGGCCACAGAAAUGCAAUGCAUGCAUCAAAGAAGAUAUAUUUGAAGAGUCUACAUCAAUUCUGAAACAAGGAUGUGCUUUUCCAGACAAUGCUGUUCGGAGAGAAGUUGAAAGCCUAUCAGCAGUGUGUGUCAAUGACAACUGCACUUGGAAAGGCAGUAUCAAAGAAUAUGAACUGACCCAUGAAGGAAAGUGUGAGUACAUGGUCAUCCCCUGCCCCUCAUGUAAAGAACGAAUACGCUUCAAUGAACAAGAGCGGCAUAAUGAACGUGAAUGCCCAGAGAGGACACUCAACUGCAAGUACUGCAAGGAACCAUUUCACUUUAAAAAUAUCAAGGCCCAUGAUGAGAUCUGUCCCAAGUAUCCAAUGAUCUGUGAAGGCUGUGCCAAAAAGAAAAUACCCAGAGAAAAGUAUGUGGACCAUAUUAAGUUUUGCAGCAAAUUCCGAACUCCCUGUCGCUUUCAUGUGGUGGGAUGUGAUAUGUCUGUAGAGAAGGAAAAGAUCCAUGACCAUGAGCGUGCCUAUGCCUAUGAGCAUCUCAAUCUCCUUCUUCACUACAUCAUGGGUAUGAAAGUAAGCAUGGAGGGCCUACAGCCUCAGGGACUGGAGGUAGCUGGACACAAACUGGUGGAGCUCCAGCAGUCCCUGAAGGAGCUUGAGGCCAGAGUGUCCCAGCUCAGUAUCACCACUGUUCCUCCCGUGCAGGGAGCGACUGCCUCCUCCUCAUUGUCCACCUCUGGCCCCUCUGGACCAGCUGCCUCUGCCCCUCUGCCCCCUCCCCCUACUCUGGCCCCUACACUAUCUGUGUCCACGUCCUUUACCCCCCUGCCCAGCUCCGUCGGGGCAGCCCUGGAGCUCCAGCUCCACAAUGAGAAGACCAAAGUGGCUGAACUGGGACGGAGAUGCACUGAACUGGAAGUCAAGUCUGGUACUUUUGAAAAUGUGGUCUGUGUUCUGAACCGAGAGGUUGAGAGGUUUGCAACUACAUUGGAAGCAAGUAAUCGACAACAUAAACUGGACCAAGAUAAAAUUGAAGCUCUCAGUAAUAAGGUGCGACAGCUGGAGCGAACUGUGGGACUCAAAGAUCUGACUGUGGCUGAGAUGGAGGGCAGAUUGAGAGAGAUGUCUGCUACUACAUUUGAUGGUGUGUUUAUUUGGAGAAUUUCUGAUUUUGCAAAAAAGCGUCAAGAUGCAAUUGCUGGACGAGCCCCCGCUAUGUUCUCACCAGCUUUUUACACAAGUAAGUAUGGCUAUAAAAUGUGUCUGCGGAUCUAUCUGAAUGGAGAUGGAACAGGUCGUGGCAGCCACUUGUCUCUGUUCUUUGUUGUGAUGAGGGGACUGAGCGAUGCUCUGCUCAAAUGGCCUUUCAACCAGAAGGUGACACUAAUGCUGCUGGAUCAGAGCAACAGGGAGCACAUUAUAGAUGCUUUUCGGCCUGAUGUCACUUCCUCCUCCUUCCAGAGGCCCAGAUCGCUGUCGUCCUGCGGCCUGCAUGCUGAUGUACAGUUCCUACUGGCCUGUUUGAAAACCAGUCUCGACCUGUAUUGAACUCUCUCUGUGCAUGGGAGGCUUCAAUUCACAAUUCACUAGAGUUUCACAUUGGUUUACCUCGUGGGCCAGGUGUGAACGCAUUUACAUCUAUUUCUUUGAAUAAAAAUACAUAAUUAUAGAAUAGUUAUUGUGUUAUAUCCGGCUGGGUAACUGUUAUACAGUUUGCCAGCCUAUAUUUAUAGAAACUUAUAAUAAUGUAUCUCUCAUAUAAUAAUGUCCAAACAAUCUAUAUAUCAAUGUUAAUAUACACAAAAUGUUAUAAUAAGCAUAGUAUUACUAAAUACUUUAUUAAUUUAUAUCUAUAUACCAGUGUUUUGUUUGUCAAGAUGGUUGGAAC